AUGUUUGUGUGCGUGGAAGCGCCGCAGUAUUCUUCCGCAACCGCAUGUGUGUGUACUCAAUUCCGUUUUCGUGAGUCCCGCCCUGGGAGAGGGAAGAUGACGGAUCCGUUGUCGAGCGAACCUAAGGAGCUCCUCGAAUCCGCCGCAGCCGCCUCGUCCCUUCUCUCAUCCUCUCCCCUGUCUCUCUCUCGCGCCCUUCCUGCCCCCCACAGUCUGUCUGUCGCGAUGGAAGCGCCAAGCUCCGCGAGCAUGGCACCGCCCGCGUUAUCUGCGGACGGCCGUGGAGACAAAACGAGUCUGGCAUCCAUGUCUCCGACAGCAGCGAGUCUCGCGAGCCCGAAAAGCAACUCCGUCUUCCUUUCUCUUCAGGUGUCUUCUACGUCGUCCGCCUCGACAGCGGUCCCGCAAGACGAGUGCGACAGCGCAGCUAGCCGCGAAGAUGGCAGUCCCCGCACGCCCUGGGCGCUCGACGCCUCUGGCGCCACGCCGAAGAGUGUCUCCAAAGGCUUUGGACCCGAAGACCUGUUGCAGGCAUCGAGUGGCGAAACCGCGAGCCCAGUCCGUCGGGCGCGCGGGGGCCGGCGCGAGGGGCUGGGGCCCGAAGGGGACGAAGCGAAGAAGAGUAUUUCCCCGCGACACUCGGAGGAGACAGAGCGCAAGGCAAGCGCAGAGGACGAGAGCUUCGAGGCCCUCGUGAGCACCAAGAAGAUGGAAGAUUGUGCGUCUCUGGGCGGGCGCGUAUCAGACUCGGAGGAUCCUGAGAGUCCUUGCACGAAAGAGUUGAAUGGAAAUACAGGCCCCAGCGCGAGGGCAGAACGCAGCUCAAGAAAAGCGGCGCUGCGUCGGAUUCGCCAGUUCGCGGGCGUCUCUGGGAAGGACGCUGCUACCUUCGGAAGUGUGUCCAGCCCCGGAGAUGCGGCGAGUGCGACAACGCUUGAAAUCGAGAGCCUUGGUCAAGACUUCAGAUCUGCAGCGGAGCGCGACUUUCUGGCCGUGAAGGACGAAGAAAACCCCCGCAGAAAGAGAGUCCGCACAGAGGUCGUGCCUGGCGGGAGCGAACCCGCGUCGCCUACAGCUCUCGAAGAAGGCGACGCGAAGGCGUUCAGGCAGACGCUGCUGGGGCGCGACGCAGAGGCCCAGAAACCAGGCGACGACCCCCUCUCUUCAGUUCUCGCCGACGCCUUUCUGGCCGAUCGAGACGGAAAGGCGGCCGAAAGCAACAGGACGACGCCGAGCGUUUUGGGAGACGCAGAGCUCCGCCCCGAGGUCGACUUUGCGAGGGGCCUCGCCGCGGUCGCGGCGGAGAUCGCCUCGGCCCAAGGCCUCGGUGGACGGUGCGACGGAGACAGCGAGCGGAGUCGGCUGCUGUCUCUCGCCUCCGCCUUGGGGAAGGCAGAAGGCCAGUUUGUCGGAGACCGCGUGUCAGAGCCCCGCGAUGGGGCGAACUCCGCUGCGACUCAAGAGUUGGGCCCCGGCUCUCUGCCAGGCGACCUUCUUGAAGAAGGCCGACGCCUCCUGAGCUCGCCCGCGGGUCUCUCAAUGUGGCUCGAGUGUGCGAGCAACGCGUCGUCUUCCCUGUCAAAGAGGCCAAACGAGGGACUCCCCGCAGACCUGGUCGCGCUCUCGGCGUCGCUGAUGCACGAGGAAGCGUCUAACGGGACCCCCACGCCGCGGGUACUGGGCCUCCGGGGUCCUGCGGGCUUUCCGGACACUGAGGAGUCGCCCAGCCAUCUCCACGGGGCAGCCCUCGACGCCUUUGGGCUCCAGCUUGGGUCUGAGGGUCUCGCCGCCCGGUCCGCGGGCCUGCUUGGCGCCUUCGCGGGCGAGAAGGCCCCUAGACAGCAGAAGGUCAGGUCCGGGCAGAAGAGUGGAGACAGGACCCAGGCGUCGCGUCCACACGCGCUCUCCCGUGGCCUCGUCACGUCAGCCCCCUCCUCGGCAGGGACCACUCCGUCGAGCUACGGGGCGUCUCUCGUGCCGCACUCUAGUUCAAUGACUUCCGUCAUGGUGAAGAGCGUCUCGCCUGCGGGAGUCGUCAGGCGAGGCGGAAGAAACCGCAGAAAACGAACGAAGUAUGAUCUCGCGUACAGACAAAUGGAGCAACUUGGCCCCUUCGCUGAAGAAGCCAAACACGUCGACCUCUCCAAGGUGUCGGGGAGCAGCUUUGCGGUGGAAUUGUUGAAGAAUCCUCAUCUCUAUUCGUACGAGUCCUGGGUCCAUGGCUUUGCUUGGCCCGUGGGUGCGGACGGCCGCCGCCUCCUUCUCCGCAAGCUCCGCGGGGUUUACUGGUCGGAUCCGGACUACUGGCAGAAGCGCCUGAUGGCUGAAGGCCUUUAUCGCCGGGAUCUGUUCACUCUCGCGACUGUCCAGGAACUGUUCAAAGUCACUCACUUAAUGGGAGCCGACGUCUGGGACUUCCUGCUGAAGUGCACGGCACUAACGCACAAAUGCGACGCCCUCACAGCCAAGGAGGGGGGCCAGAGCGACAACGAGGAAGUGUUGCAGAAUGCGUCGUCCCCGGAGGCGGCCUCUCCGCAUGCAGGUCCCGAAGUGACUUCUCAGGCGUUGGCGCAGGUGGCGAAUCUGGGGGGGCACGGCGAGGCCUUCGCGUGGGCCUCUGGCCCCCAGGGCCCAUCGAAUGACCUGCUGGUGGCGGGAGCGGCGCAGGAGGAGUGCGACAAAGCUGAGCAGGCAAGUGUCGUGGAGGACAGCGAGGCGCUCUCUUCUGUAUAUCCUCCGCCGUUCCACCACAGCGCGUCGCUGGAACUGGGAGAGACUGCGGCGCCUCCGUCUCCGUUCUCCGGGCCGCGCCUCUCGACGGGCGGCGUGAUCUCUUCCUUCGAGUCUUCCGCCGAGGGGAUCUGCGCCGCGCUGUCUCUGCGGCGGCCCUCCUCAGGCGGAGAUAGAGAGCCGGGUCUCGAGGGCGAGGAAGAGCGCCCGAACCCUGUAGCGGGUCCGUCGUGGCUCGGCGCCGAGGCCCUCCAGGAGCUUCUGGCCGGGAGUCUGAACAGGCAGGAGCGAGGAACAAGCGACGAGUUGAUGCAGGAGGAGGAAACGCCGCACGCGGCUGGGCGCCAGGGUCUCUUUCUGCCACCGGGAGUUCUGGGGACGGCCGCGAGCGAGCAGAGAGCGAACGGCGUGGGCCUUGAGAAGCGCGCUCGCGGGCGCCCCAGAAAGCCGCGAUCGAACCUUGGGUCUCUCGCCGCGCUCCGAGAGGAGUUGGGCCUCGAUCUCGCUCAGAAGGGCGUCGGGCCUGACGCCGCAGACCCCUUCGAUCUCCCCGGGGCCGGCGGGCUCAGCAACGGCGCGGACGCAUCGGACGGGAACGGCGGCGAGCUGCUUGGGGCCCAGACCGGGGCGCAGGGCUACUCCCAGUUCAGCGGCAGUUCGGCGGCCGUCUCGGCACUGAAUCUCUUGAAGACAGAAGAGUUCUCCGGCUUCGGGGCUCCCGGGGUGUCGGAGAGAGGGGAUCUCUCUCAAACGGGAGACAAGGAGGCUAUAAACCUUAAACGCGACGAGUUCCUCUCUUCGCGGUUCCUGGGUGAAGGAAACCUCCAACAGGCCCAUCUUGCUUCGUCUGUGGGAGCUCCAGGGAAGUUGCACGCGCGGGGCGAUUCAGGCCAGGAGCUCGGGGCCCAUGCCUCCAAACGCCCGCGGCUUUUUGAGGGGGCUGCGCCGCAAGAGGGCGGCCAGCUGUCGGACCUCUCUCGCCUUCUUGAGGAAGAACUGGACGUGGCGAACUCAGCGCAAGCACGCGGGGCUGACAUGGAUUCUCUUCGGUCUCUGAUGCUGCAAGUCGCCGAGGCGGCAGCCGCCGCUGACAUUGGGCCUGGCGCAUCCGUCCGGCGCGCCCUGGAGCGCAGCGGCGCGUGCGGGGGCGGCAACGGACCCGACGGGGUUGCGACAGGGCCCGGAGAGGCCCCGAGACGGAGUGGCGCGGGGCAGGGCCUCGAUUUCCUUACGGAGCAGAGCGGGGACAGAGACGGGACCGCGAGUGGGGCGAUGGAGGAGGAGAUGCGGCAAAUCGAAAUUCUUUUGAAGGCGCUAGACCACCACCUGGCCGAGAGCCAGGAACAGCGAGACGAGCGACAGGUGGAACGUGGUCUGGCCUCCGUGGGGAAAAGUGAAGAACGUAAAGAUGCACCUUUGGAGAACUUUUCGCUGUCUCCGAUGUCAACGCAUAUGGGAGCCCGUGGUGCCGAAAACCAGCUGGACUCCGGGAUGCAGUCCCCGAGGGCAGGGCGUUCUUCUGGGGUCCAGGAGACAGAGACAGGCGGUUCGCCGGUUGUCGCUGGCGGAGACGGAGACAGUCAAGCUCGCGAAGGAGGGAACGGAGCCGUGGCCGACGCCAAGGCUCUCCUUGAGUGCGUGCAGGCCUUGGCCAGUGCUUCGCCGGUGGGAUCUCUGUUUUCCACAGGGGCCCUGCCGCAGGCGGACUUCGCCGCGAGCCUGUUGUUUCAGCAGAAGGACCGAAAGGUAGGAGUCUCAAGCGCGGAGGAAGCCCGAGAAAGGAGGGCUGGGGAAGCGGCAAAGACAGGAGGACUCGAGAUCGAGAUUGGGUCUGCUGGGGGGGUAGACGGCGCCGGUGAGGCGAACGAAACGGAGGCGUGGGGACGCGAAGCAAAGAACGAGGGCGGUCAGGCGCAGACCCUCCAGCUGAAGGAGAAGAGAGAGACUCCCGGGCUCGAGGCUCUGCGGGGCCCCGGGUCUCUGGUCCUCAAGCUCCGCAGCCUGCCCGCGCGUGCGAACUCGAACGCGGCGGUGGCGGCGGCGGCUGCGUCGUCCGCGGCGAUGGCGGGGUCGCUCUUGUGGGGCAGAGACAGGUGUGGAGCGAGCGCGGGGCUGCGGCGUGGGGGCGACGAAGAGGCCCGUCAGAGCGCUCUGAGUUUCUUGGGGACGCUUCCGGGUAUCGCUGGCGUGGGCAGGAAGCGAGAGUCCGGCGAGAAGAAGAGCAGUGAGCGACCCAAAUUUAGCGCAUGCAGUGGCGCAGCAGUACUUGCCCCUGCUCUGUUCCCUUCGGAGGCAAAUCCCCAGCAACCGCUGGGAUCUCGCGGCUUCUCCGAGGCUCUCGGGAGCUUGUUGAGUGGAGGGGCGCCAGAAGGCGGGACUGCGGCCGGAGGUGUCUCCUCGUCGCGCUUGUUAGAGGCCCUCUCGUCGGACACCCACGCCCUUCUGCAGCUCACAGCCCACUACUCAUUCAUGGCGCAGUUCAUGCAGUGCGCGAUGUUGUUCGAAGUCCAGCAAGCGUUGCUGCGAGUGAUCGCCAGUUUCCGCGCUCAGGAGCGAAGGGGCCGCGCGCAGUCGCGGCUCCCACCGGACAACUGCGAGCAGGGCGAGAAGCGAAGUCGAGAAGACACAGACGAGUCCGAGGGCCCGGGGACAGAUUCCACCAUGAAGGCCUGUCUCCAGUCGCUCCUGGAGAGCGGGACAGUUCACAUGCAAUUCGUGCAGCUCAUGGCGCAGCAGCUGAGACGUCAUGUGCUGGCGAGCGGAGGAGAGAGUCGCGGAGGGGAGCCUGCGUCGGAAACCGAGACGAGGCGGCCGCGAGACCCGGGGUGUGGAGCAGCGUGUGGAGGAGACGAGGAGAGAGGGGAAGGGGAGCAGAAGCCAGAAACAGAGACGACUGGCGAGGUGGAGGCUCCGCCUGGUGCCGCAGGUCGCGUGGCGGGGGUUCUGGAGGAAGAAGAAGAGCCUGAAAAGGCGCUUACAGCAGGAGACGAAAGCCGACAACAGAGUGAAGAGCAGAAGGAUGAGAAGAAGAGUGAAGAAAGGAAGGUCGACGAGGAGGAGAAUGAGAGAAGGGAAGGUAGUGACGGCGACGAAGAGGGGAAGAACGAGCUAGACGAAAGCUCGGAAGGGACGCUCGAGGGCGAGACUGUGGUGGAGGCACGGAGAGCGGCAGGGAGCGCCGAAAGAAGGCGAGAACUCGUGACGCAAGAGGAUUCUAAAACGUCCCCGGAUGAGGAGAAGGAGAUGAGGGAGACAACCGAUGAGGAAACCGCGAAGCAAGAAGACAACCGGGAAGAAUGCCUUUGAGUGGGGGCGCAAAUGCGGAAUGCGAAGAUUGCCCAGCUGCUUGGCGUCUUCUGCAGAAUGGUAUAUAUGUGUGUUGUACAAGUCUGUGCACAUCCAGGCGGGACGCCGGUUGACACCGCGCAGUUCGGGUGUAUGCACACUGGAAGUCUGGGCAGAAAGUAGUGUCGGUGACUUUGUGUCUUGAUGCUACAUGUGGGGGUUUGCGCAUGUUGUGUUGAUUCUGGAAGUCUUUAGGGCGUGGAACUUCGCUGCGCCUUCUUGCGUAGUCGAAAGAGGUGAAUAUCCCAAGCGUCUGCCCACGUGCCUUUUUUCUUCUUUAGGGAAUUCAAAGUCGCAACAAAACAUAGCAGGGACGCUGUUCCACACGCUCUGUUUUAACAGUGAGUGCGCGUGUUCGUGUGGUCAUGUGGUCCAAUCGGUUAACUUUUGAUUUUCCUUGCCUUCGAAAACGGGUUUCUGCCGAAGAAAUUCAGAAAUUGAAAAGCUGCGAGGGCGCGCUGUCGCGUGGCUGCCUCGCUUCGUUUCACUGGGUUUUCUCUGUAGUUGUCCACGUCUCCUGAGACAGCCGCACCAACGAGGAAAGAAGACAGGGAGGUCGAAGGGCCACGGAAGUGAAUGCGAUAUACCCUGACACGGAGAGCAUGUUGUGGCAGAUCUUUGUAUUACUUAGAGGCAUGCACUUUACUGGUAAAUAUCUUGCAGCUGGCGUAACGAGUCCAGUGGUGUGGGAAGGUGGACAGCGAUGACAAAGAACGCGCGUUUCCGCUUCCCUGAACUGGAAACAUUUUCAGUAUUCUAGGUGGUGAAUAGUUUCAGAAAUCGUAAGUCCCGUUUUAUACAGCUCUGCGCGAGCUUUCUUGCGACAGAGAAAGGCGUCUCCGCGCGUCUUGUGGAUAGACUGUAAGAAGAUUGCUUGAUUGACGAUGGAAGAGACGACCAAAUGUCGCAAGAGGAAGGGUUUCUGUGAUGGACACUUCUACCCUUCAAGAGCGGGAAGAAAGAGGGAAAGUGAAUAUGUAACUUCAGUUUUAGGGUCCUCCAAUGCGGGCUGUGCGUGCGGUUUAGGAAGCUACAGUUCACCGUGGGGACAUAACCCUAAUCGCAAACAAACGAGAAGAGAUAAAAAUCCGAACCGAAUAUUCGUCGUCGAGGUUGUCUUUCUAGCCGUAAGGAAAAAGCCAUUGUGGAGAAAGGAGGAAGUCGAGCUUGCCGUUUCUUUUAUCGGGGCAUUCCCUGCCGCCGCCAGUGCGCGUCCUGGAACGGAGCCGUCAUUUACCUCUCUCCUCGUGUGGUGAAACGACAGUCGCUGCCGUUUGAGG